AAAUAUUUUCCCUCAACUCGAGAAACUCGCUAUACAAAUAGGUUGCAGUAAUUUGCAAGUUUCUCAUCAGCAUCUGACAAGCUUUGUGCUGGAGUUUUGCAAUGAUCAAGUUGAGGAGGUAAUAAUGGAUGCUCCUAAGUUAAAAUACUUGGAGGUCUUGGGUGGUGCCCUUACGUUGUUUCCUGGAAUUGAAGCUUCACGGGAGUUGGAAUUUGUUAAAUUCAUUUUAAAACCCAAAAUGCUCGAUGAUCGCUGGUACAUUUGGUUAAGAAGUAUUUUGGAGUCGUUUGCUCAUACCAAGCGUUUGAGUUUGAUUUGCCGUUCUGAACUGGAUAUCAUCUUUCCUGAUAAGCUAACAGAGAGAUUACUUCCAACAAUCAAUGAUCUCAAGAAUCUGGAAUUACAAAUUGAUUCAUCUACUGCCACUUCUCAACAAAUUUUGGAUGGCUUUGUUUGGAUGCUUCCAGGUUUGAAGAGGUUGUCCUUGACUUUGGGUUCCAUCUCGAAACUCAUUGAGUUUCCGCAAUGAGGAUGAUGUGAAGGUGCUCUCAGCAGAACUAGCAACUAGUGCACAAUCCAAAAUUAACACACGAUGAUCAGAGAGUAUGCUUUCUUUGAAUUAGAGAACUACUUAAACUCCGUGUUAUUGGAAGUAGAAGCAAAGAGAUUGGAUAAAUUUUGUAACUGCUAUAUUGUAACUGCUAUAGCCAAACAAUUAUCUGUCACUAAGGUUGCGCUGGACCACUUUUUUGGAGAAGUGAUUUGGAGGAAAAGUUAAUGCGAAGAGAAUGUGUAGCGACAGUUUAUGAAGUUUUCUUUUUUCCUAAGUAGUUUUCUAGAGAAGUGACUCACUUUCCUUCUCUGUGGAUGUGCAUAAUGCUUACUUUAGAACUCUUUGCAUGACCUGUAAACAUUGCCACACUAAUUACAUUUUCUUGUUGCCUGCCCUACUCCCAAACUCUUGCAAGAUUGUAGUGUUCUUUCUCUAGAUUUCGUUGAAGAUUAGA